CGAAUGGAAAACAUUACGAGAAACAAAACAAAUACCAACAACAACAACACCAACACCUCUGAUAUCCUAGUGAACAUCGGCACCGAAAGUUUGAGUGAAGGUGAUGCAAAAAUGCAAGAUCCAAACCAUACGCAGAGGACACCGGCUGCGGAAGUGGACCCCUUUAAACGUGUAUCAAAACUAGGCAGGUCCCCAGUUAAGAGUCUUAGCAUUGACAAGCCGAUACGAGCGAGGUCUUCACCUCCAGUUCUGUGUGAUACCACGCCCCAAACAAAGUCUGGACAACCUAAUGGAGACUGCAUGUCUGAAUUAGGGGAGGCUAUCAAAAAGCUGGUUGAUACGAUGCGCCCACCUCAGCGAUCUAUCAAUAACAACAUGAGAGAUCUUCUCAGUCUAAUAGUAAAGCUGCACUCAGGUGCACAGGAGGAGCAGUUAGUAAACAAAGAUAUGAGACGUAACAUCCUUGUGAUACCAGCGACUGCGGAAACGACGCCAAAGAGGCCCCACGAAGAAAAGCAAGUGAAGCGUAAUACACCGCCCAAGAAGAAUAAAACCACUCAUAGGGAAGUGUUGAACACGACUGCGUUGAAGACUGAUGUCGGCCCAGACAAGGAACCAAAGAAAGAUAGCUCCGUGGAAAACAAAGCCGAAGGAAGGAUGAAGGAUAAUAAAAAGAAAGAUGAAUGGAUUGCUGUCAAAAGUAAACAAUUAAGGAAGAGUACGCAUAAACCCACACCGCGACCUGAUGCUAUAAUCAUAGAGCGAACAGGCAAUAUGUCUUAUAGCGACAUUUUAAGGGUAGUCAAGAAAGAUGAUACCUUACAAGAGCUUGGCGAAAAUGUGGCAAGGAUCAGGAAAACGGUCAAAGGCGAGAUCCUAAUACAACUUAAAGACGCGCAGAUGAAGAACACUGGUGAGUUCAAGACCGACAUAAGCAAAGUACUAGGAGAACAAGCACAGAUAAGAGCAUUAACCCAUGAAGUGAUGGUGGAAAUACGGGAUCUUGACGAAAUCACCACCAAAGAGGACAUUGCCGAGGCUAUCCAAAGUCAGAUAAAGGAGCUGAAGCAUUUCGAUAAGGACUCGAUCAAAAACAUCAGGUCGGCGUACCUUGGAACGCAAACAGCAACAAUAAGCUUACCCGCGCGUGAGGCAAGAAUAUUGCUAGAGGCACGUAAGAUAAAAAUAGGUUGGGUGGUGUGUAGAGUAAGGACGAAGCAAAUUCUGAGAAGGUGCUUUAGGUGUCUCGAAUACGGACAUUUUGCGAAAUCGUGCAGCAACCCGGACGAUAGGAGCAAGUGCUGUGUGAAAUGUGGAGAAACCGGACAUUUUGCGAAGACAUGUACCAAAAAACCAUCAUGUACCGUAUGCAAGAAAAAUGGGAGACAGAACACCGAUCAUCAGAUUGGUAGUACGAAAUGUCCCAUUUAUCAAGAAGCGUGUAAAAGCAAUACAAAAUGAGG